UUAUCCCCCUGCUUGUGGGCUUGUCCUGGGCUGUGGUGACUCACUUCACUCAUGACACGCCGUGCUGGACCAACCACACCGACUCACCCUACAUGUUCAUCAUUUAUGCUCCUGUUAUGAUCACUUUCCGGGCGAUGAAGUCUACCAUUGUCCUGGUCUUCCUCCUGGGCAUCAUUAACCUCAUGUUUUUCCUGCGUCCGGACGAGCGAUCCUACGCCAUCGUGGCGUACCGCUACAUCAACGCCAUACUGCCGCCCUGUCAGGGCAUAUUCGUCUGCCUGCUCUACUGUGUCAUGAACAAUGAGGUACGUCGAGCCGUGAAGAAGUGGUGGCAUCGGUUCCGCGACUCUCGCAGCAUGCACAACUCCACCAUGAGGCGCCGCAGCUCCAGAACGUCAAUGACGAUGUUUGUAUCAAACCAAGUGCAGUGUAACGGCACAGAGCAGCCUCCUGUGAUCGAGCUGCAGGCUGUCAACGGACACGGGACCCCCUUACUGGACAAACAUGGCGCCGGACUCAACGGCAGAGAGGACUGAUGGGUCACGUGGGAUCACGUGGGGGUCACGUGGGGUCACGUGAGGUCAGGACAAUCGUCUGUGUCCGAGGAGACACUACAGGCUCGUGUGUGUCAGGAUAACUGUCUGGCUGUAAGAAGGCACGUUACUCACUGGCUUAUAUUGUCAAUGUAUGAGUACACUGUUUUUGUACGAGUACUACACACAACAUGCGUGCGCCAGAAAUAAUGUCAAUGUAUGACUACACACUACACGCGCGUGUCAGGAUAACUGUCUGUACGAAGACUCGUUACUGGCUUGUACUGUCAAUAUAUGGGUACACUGUCCUUGAGCGAGUACUACACACUACACGCUUGUGUCAGGAUAUGUCAGUAAAACAGUACACACUACAUGCAUGUGUCAUGAGAAAUGUCUAUGUCGUAUGAGUACACACUACACGCCUAUUUCAGGAGAAAUAUCUGUGUAAGAGUACAUACUACAUGCUUGUGUCAGGAGAAAUGUCUAUGGACGAGAACCCACUACACACGUGUGUCAGGAAAAAUGUCUUUGUAUGAGAACACACUACACGUGUAUGUCAGGAAUAAGUGUCUGUGUAUGAGUACACACUACAUGCGUGUGUCAGGAGAAAUGUCCUUGUUCAAGUACACACUACACACUUGUGUCAGGAAAUGUCAGUAAAACAGUACACACGACACGCGUGUGACAGGUGAAAUGUCUAUGUAUGAGUAAACACUACACGCCUGUGUCAGGAGCAAUGUCUAUGUAUGAGCACACACUACACGCCUGUGUCAGGACAUGUCAGUAAAACAGUACAUACUACACGUAUGUGUAAGGAGAAAUGUCUAUGAGUACACACUACACGCGUGUGUCGGAAGAAAUGUCUAUGUAUGAGUACACACUACACGCAUGUGUCAGGAGAAAUGUCUAUGUACGAGAACACACUACACGCGUGUGUCAGGAAUAAAUGCCUGUGUAUGAGUACACACUACACGCGUGUGUCAGGAAUAAGUGUCUGUGUAUGAGUACACACUACACGCGUGUGUCAGGAAAAAUGUCUGUGUAUGAGUACACACUACACGUAUGUGUCAGGAGAAAUGUCUAUGUAUGAGAACAUACUACACACGUGUGUCAGGACUUGUCAGUAAAACAGUACACACUACACGCAUGUGUUAGGAGAAAUGUCUAUGUACGAGGACACACUACAAGCCUGUGUCAGAAAUAACAUGCGUCUGUGUACGAGAGCAACACACUACACGUCUAUACUGGCAAAGUAGCGGUCAGGCGCUUCGCCCUCACACGCAGGGUAUUCGAGUUCGAUUCCCGAGUGGGGAGAAUUUUAAUUGGAGUCUUUCUGCUGGUAGCCUAUGUUGUAUUCCUCUCAGCCUGGGUUGGCUCUCACAGGCAGGGUGAAAGUCGGUCUCCUUAUUAUGGUCGCUUUUAAGGACAAGCGGGCUAACCCAGAUUUCGGGGCUUUCUAGACAUCUUGACCUACACCAA